AUGCCCCGCCCGGCAUCCUCCCUCUCAUCGCGUCCCCUAUCUUCCUCCGCCAACCACCAUAAUCUCGACAUUGAUAUCGACACAGACGCAGAGAUCGGCCUAACCGCCCAAGAUAAUAACAAUGGCGUCGCCGCAAACAUCGCAACAGGGACCUCAACUGACCCGACGACCAAUCCCCUCCUCCGCGAAAACCCCCUCCUUUCCCCGCUGGAACAAGAACUCUCUGACUCCCUCUCUCACCUCUCUAUCUGCCCCGCUGCGGAGACGCUCGAUGCCCUACGCCUCCUAGAACGAAAAACGGCAACGGUGUGCACGCUGCUCAAGGCGAGUGUAUAUAGUAUUGUGUUGCAGCAGCAGAUUUACAAUGGGGAGGAUGGGGUGGGAGGUAGCGGGGAAGGGCAUGAGCCCGAGCUUGGUCAUGAGCAGCAGCAGCAGCAGCAGCAGCAGCAGCAGCAUCACCAUUAUGGCGAGGAGGGGCGUUAUAGUGGGUAUAGCGAAGGGGAUUAA